AUUUCACGUGCUGAAGCAUGGAUGCUUCAACUGGUGCCAUACUUGGUAGAAAUGAUGCUUGACAGUAGCAGUGGAGAUGACCUGCUUGUACCAGCUUUAACCACACUUACAAAUCUCUGUCGUUCCAACCCCCCCGUCCUCACCUGUUUGCGGAAUAAUGGAACACACAAGGAGCUGAUACAGAAGCUGCUUCAUAUGAAGAACCCCAAUAUAAACCUGCAGCUCCUCACAGCUGAACUAUUACUCUAUUUGGAGUUGGAGUUGCCCAGAUUAGAAAAUGAAAAUACAUAUAUAGAACGUAUCUUGGGAUUGAUAUUUACGGCUGCUACAGAUGGUUUUGCUGAGAAUAACCUCUUAACCUUACGACUGGCCACAGAUGUCUUUGGGGAACUCUCAUCCUUUCAUAAUUUAAAGGAGUCUGUUAGGGAGUACAAGAACUACACAACAAGUAUCCAGACGCUCCUCAAAUUUCUGAACGAUAACAGCCCUGUAGAAUCGGUGGAGGUGCUUAUGGAGCUCCUGUUUUACUUAGUGGACAUGGGGCUCUCACAUUUGCAGAAGUUGCACAAAGACAUUUUCCUGAAAGCAGUGCCAUGGAUGCACUCAGAACGAUGUGGAGUUCCUGCACUGCGUCUUAUAAAGAACAUUCUAAUCCUUGGUGACGACUCUAUCAGUUCUGCACAUAUUGAAGAUUUUCUCCAAGCAAUAACAGCAUCUUUGGAGUUUAGUGAGGCCCUUCACAUAAAUCAACAACAGUUGCACCAAGUGAAUGCAACCAUGACUCUCCUUGAGGGUCUGUGCAUUCGAGACGCAGCAUUCCGCUUGCGACUGACCAUGGUUCUCACACCUAAGACGUUCUCCACUCUUUUGAGGCUGAUUUUAGCCAUGUAUGUUUCGAGUAAUGGUUCUCUGAGUUUGACCUCAUCAUCAUUGUCCAGCAGUGGCCCUGAACUUAGUGGAACCUUGUAAG